AUGGCCGCGAGGAAACUGCAACAAGAAGUCGACAAAUGCUUCAAAAAGGUGGCUGAGGGAGUCGCCGAAUUCGAAGCCAUUUACGACAAAAUCGAGCAAUCGAGCAACCCUGCGCAAAAGGAGAAGCUGGAAGACAACCUGAAGCGAGAAAUCAAGAAGCUGCAACGGUUGCGCGAUCAGAUCAAAACAUGGGCGGCCAGCAACGACAUCAAGGACAAAGCUCCUUUGUUGGAGCACCGCAAGCUGAUCGAAACGCAAAUGGAAAAGUUCAAGGCGGUCGAAAAAGCCAUGAAGACGAAAGCGUAUUCAAAAGAGGGUCUGUCAGCAGCAGCGAAGCUGGAUCCCAAGGAACAAGCAAAGGUCGAAGCUGGCGAGUUCUUGAGCAACAUGGUCGACGAGCUGGAGCAGCAGAUCGAAGCCCUGGAAGCCGAGAGCGAGUCGAUACAGGCGACCAUGAAGAAGGGCAAGGCUCAGGCUGUCAAGGCGGAACGCAUGGCCGAGAUUGAGCGGAUAAUAGAACGGCACAAGUGGCACCAAGGCAAACUGGAGCUGAUUCGCAGAUCGCUCGAGAACGGCGGCGUCGAGACCGAGCAAGUCAACGAGCUCGAGGAGAAUAUCCGCUACUACGUCACGGAUGGCACGACGGAAGACUACAUGGGCGACGAGGACAUGUACGACGAGCUUGACCUCGAGGAGGACGAGGGCGUGUUUGGCAUGGGUCAGGACAACGAAAAGGGCUCGUCGCAAGACGCGCAGUCUGUGCAAGAUGACGCGACGACCGAAUCCGAAGCCGCGGCGAAAUCGGCAAAGAAGGCGCAGAAAGAUGCGGACCCCUCGGGGCGGAAGCCCUCGUCUCUGACCAAAUCACCGCUGCCGGCGCUGGCGACCUUGCAUGCUCCGCUAUCGUCGGUAAACAACGGCAGCGCCAGCAGCGCGGCGGGCAUGAGGCCGGCCGCCGCGCCGGCAAGACCUGCAGGGGAAGGCCUCAAGUACGCAUCAGCCGCCGCCGCCGCCGCCGCCGCCGCCGCCGCAAGUGACAGAGCAAACGUGGGCAUCUCUCCGCUGCCGCCUCCACCGGGGUCAUCAAGCGUCGGCAUAUCACCCCUACCUCCAGCGCAAGCGAGAACGAGCGCCAGCAAUUCCCCGGCCAUCACUACCGCGCAGCCGGCAAGCAGCUCAUCACAAGCCGAAUCGAAACCCUCUGCACACUCAACGGAAUCCGAAACACCCUUCACCACAUCGCGGCAGUCGAAAAAGUCCAAGACGGCAGGAAAACAACCUGUGCCGGCAGAGCCAACAGAACAACACUCGACAGGUCAAACAAACGGCGUCGGCAAUGGCAUCAAGCCGAUAGUGGAGGAGCCAGAGGAGGAAUCCAUCUACCACUUGCCCUCGUCGCUGCACGACCUGAUCGACUCCUACGAGGCGUCAAGAAAACGGCCCCUUCACCCUUCUUCGCAGUCCACGUUGCGGAUGAUGGCGGCCAGCCAACUUGCAGUGCCAGACGUAUCGGAUGCCGACAUUCCCAAAGCAUAUCGCCCCGAGGUGCCGGUGCCUCAGACUGGGUCUGCUUUCCCCCGCGAGCCACUGCCCCUGCUGGAUGAUCCACGCCUAUAUGGAAGGCUGGAUCCCGACACGCUCUUCUACGUCUUCUACUACCGGCAAGGCACGUCCCAGCAGUACUACGCUGCCAGGGCGCUGAAAGACCAAAGCUGGCGGUUCCACAAGCAAUACCAGACAUGGUUCCAGCGACACGAGGAGCCCAAGAACAUCACCGAGGAGUUUGAGCAAGGAACGUAUCGCUUCUUUGACUACGAAAGCACAUGGAUGAAUCGAAGAAAAGCAGACUUCAAGUUUGCUUACAAGUUUCUCGAAGACGAGGUAUGA